AUGGCACAGAAUGACGAUUCCCUUAAGUCUGAACCGAAGUCUGAGAAUACUCAUCUCUCAUGCGUAAAUUGUCUCGAGACUCCGAUUUCGUCUUUCGACCUUCUCAAUUAUCGGUCGCCAGGUCGCGACCCCUCGGCCGUUUCUAGAGCGGCCGCAUUGAUUUUGCAGGCAGCCGUCGACAGCCAAAAUCAGAGAAAGAAAAGAAGCCUAAGCAGUGUCAGUCCCCUUUCCAAUCCUAUUUUAAAGGUCCAGUGUCCUUCGCCCCCGGACGAUAAUGCGGCGGCGGCGGCUGCCGUCUCGAUGAUUUCGCGUCCCAUGUCACAUUCGCCAAAUACGAACUCGAAGAUAACGGCGGCUCUGGCCUUGGCCAUGGUGGCAUCCUCACCACCCUCUACUUGUCCUAGUUCUUCUUCCUCGGGUCAACUGGCAGAACAGUGCAGCAGCGAAUUUCGCGGCGAAAAUCCACCCCAGUCUAUCGGCAUGCUAUUCCGUUCUCCCGUUGGUGGUUACGAAUCUGUUGAUGGUGGAGGCAACAGCGAAUUCAACUUCCCGCCAACCAGUCUAAAUUCAGGGAAUAUUUCAUCUUUUACGUCCUUGAACAGCAACACAGUUCCCUCUGAGCUGUCUGCAUCCGCGUGCUUAGCCAAUGCCAUGCUGCUGCCGGCUAGUUUAGUGACCGCCUUGGGACAAAGUAUGCACGCCGGCUCUUACCAUCAGACAUCUUCACCAGCCUACCUAUCAACCAUCGGGAAUGUAUCCUCUAAUUUUUCACUGACUUCUAACUCUGAUCCUGCAACCACAUUCAGUGUCGCUAUGUCGGCAGCGUCUCCUUCGAACGUAGAUACCGGCCGAUUCAGUUCAACCAGUCGGACUAGCUCAGUCACCCUGCAUGAAGAUGGUAGCAGAAAGCGUGAGCAACGGCUUCUCAAAAAUAGACGACAGAAUGUCGUCGUCGUGAAUUGUUACGGUCUGGCAUGCGUCAUCUACUUCCAGUAUUGUUACACUCUCUUCUAUCGAACCACGCUCAAAGCAUAUUUUCAGUGGGUUUAA